AAUAAUUACAAAAAACAAAAUGGUUUCCCUCUAGUUGAAUGUGUUUACUAUGCAUUUUUAUGCAAAAGUUCCUGUGGGAAACUAACAAUCAAAGGGCAGCAAUGAAUGUGAAUCUAUCGCACUGGAGAUGUGGGGUGGGAUUGUCAAAUCGCUAGUUUAGCAAAUCCGGCUUUCUGCAUUAUGAGGGAGAUGGUAGGAGGCUGUUGUGUUUGUUCUGAUGAUAGAGGCUGGUCCGAAAAUCCACUUGUGUACUGCGAUGGGCAAUCUUGUACUGUAGCUGUUCAUCAAGCUUGUUAUGGUAUUGUAACUGUUCCUACUGGUCCUUGGUACUGUCGUAAAUGUGAAAGCCAGGAGAGGUCCGUAAAAGUGAAAUGCGAAUUGUGCCCUAGCAAAUAUGGAGCUCUCAAGAGGACGGACAAUUCUGGUUGGGCCCACGUGGUGUGUGCGUUGUAUAUCCCGGAGGUACGUUUCGGAAAUGUUACGACUAUGGAACCUAUUCAGCUGCAAUUGAUACCUGCAGAGCGAUUUAAUAAGGUGUGUUAUAUUUGUGAAGAGAAAGGCAAAGCGUCCAACUCUACCGUAGGGGCGUGCAUGCAGUGUAACAAAGCUGGCUGCAAGCAGCAGUUCCACGUUACCUGCGCUCAGGGUUUAGGGUUGCUUUGCGAGGAGGCGGGAAAUUACUUGGAUAACGUCAAGUAUUGUGGGUACUGCCAACACCAUUAUAGCAAAUUGAAAAAAGGAGGUAACGUAAAGACAAUACCUCCAUACAAACCCGUUUCAAACGAGUCCCACAAUUCGGAUUCCAACUCGGAAAAGGAAGCGGAAAGUGGUCUGUCUAAGAAUAAUACUUCUCCCCCAUCAGGCAGUUCCAGUAAGAAGAAGUCGUCGGUAGGGAGCAAAUCGGCUCCUUCCUCGAAAACUUCCUCCAAGUCAUCGAGCAGCUCUCAACAAAAAACCGUCCACAACCAUACCAAAAACUCUGACAAAAGUAAGGUCUCUAGUUCUAAAAGUGCCAAAAGUGAGGACAGUGUCGCUACAGACGCUAUUUUAGAAGGUAAACCCGAGAAAAAGGAGUCAAAAAGUGAACCCGUCGAGACGGAACAGGGUAAGGAUCCGAAGGAAGGGAAGGUUUCAAAGAAGCGCAAAGCUAAUUCAAGGACGCCUACUCCGGUUAGUGUAGUGACGAGUGAAGUUAGUGCCGUCGUGACCGCGAUUUCUACCAUAAGUACUUCUGCAUCUACCACAAGUGCCACUUCCGUCGUUAGUUCCGAGAAAAAGAACACUGCUGUUAUUAGUGAAAAUUCUUCAGACAAGCCUAAGAAGGCAAAGGUGGAAACUACACAGUCCAUAAUAACCAAUCAACCAGUGGUUGCCUUAACCUCCAUUUCGACUAUAAAGGACAGUUCUCCCGUCACGACGUUUGCGGAUAUAGCGGCCACAUCGGACGUUACCCAUUCGUCGUUGCCGACACAGUCAAUUAUUCAGACGGCUCAGACGCAGUCUCAGUCACUAGUCGUGUCUGUUCCUUUAGUAAAUACUAGCCUCAGUCCCCAUCCAUCCAUUAUUAAUCCACCAAUUCCUAGUGUGUUACCGGCCGGCCCAAUCACACCUGAAAGGAGUAAUAGUGUUGGGAGCGCCGAGAGGAGUACAUCUGUUAUAAGUACGGACAUAAUGACUGGUGGAAACAGUAAUCAAGGAAUACUGACAUCCGAAAUGAGUGGAGGCGGCUUGAAGAUUACUUACGAGAAACAGGUCGACUCCAUCAACACCGAAGUAGACAUGGAAUUAGAACUGGAACCCUCACCACCCGCAGCAAUAGAUGUGCCCGUUAAACGCGGAAGAUCUCAGUCUCAGUCAAACGAGAAAUCCGAACGUUCAAACCGCGGUAAGCGAAGAAACGGUUCGAAUUCAAUGGGCGCCACCAUGGGUAGUGGCUCCAGCAACACGUUACCCAAACGGACUAGUAGAUCUCGACACGUAACCCCGCCUCCUCCCAAUCCGCCCGGGGCUUUCGCCGCCAUAUCUCAGUCGCAGAUAAAGGACUCUCCUCCGAGCAGUCCCAGUUCCGAGAGCCAGAGCAUCCCCCCAAGUACCAGUAGGGGGCGCACAAAGGGCAGGAAGAGCGCGCCGGCUGCGGUUAAUGCUAAAGACAGCAAAGAUAUUAAAUUGUUCCAGAACGGGCUGACGGCUCCGCAUAUGCUGGGCAACCAGUUAAAUCCAAAUUCGAAUAUGCAUUCAAAAAUGACCGAUCAUUUGAAUUCGGAACUGGAGGCGCACAGCAUAUUCAAUCCCAAUGAAAACAAUUCUAAUUUGGUGGGGCCGCAGCUUCACCAUAGGGUGGUGCAGUCGGCAAGAGCGAGUAGUACAGGUUCUAGUACAACAUCAGGCGGUAGCGGUCUAUCGUCAAUGCUGGGUGGCGGCGGCGGUAACAUUCCUCAAACUCUAGACCAACUCUUAGAAAGACAGUGGGAGCAAGGCUCGCAGUUCUUGAUGGAGCAGGCUCAGCAUUUCGACAUCGCUUCAUUGCUGUCCUGUCUGCACCAGUUGAGAGCGGAGAAUUUGAGACUGGAAGAGCACGUGGCUUCCUUGCUGCAACGGAGGGAUCAUCUAUUAGCGGUUAACGCGAGAUUAGCGAUACCUCUCACCGGACAACCCGCUGCGCCUCAGUCCAAUCAUCCCCAUACUGUGAAUAACAUCCAUCCGUCGGUUGCCGCUAGUCAUGGAGACGUAGCAAGGUCGUCCAGGCAUUCUGGAAGCAACUCGGGAUACCCUAGUCACCCUCAGGGAUCUGCUCAACACCCGCCGGUUGAAAACGGCCUGCCGCCCGAGGCUUACCCCCAAAAUCCUCAUAGGAGUCCCGCGGGAAGUCAACCGAGUCCGACGGUGAGAUGGUAAUUCGGAGGGAUCGCCCAGAUAGGGACCCGGAUAUCCACCAUCACAAUUCAUCCAAACCUAGCUGAAAUAGCGUUCUGGAUCCCACCUUUAGCAUAACUAGACUUCUUGACUUGCAUUGACAAAUCAUCGAGAUAAGUUAAAUUUGUGUUCUACUUAGUUUAACAAACAAAAAAAAAUGAGUAAUCAGUAGAGAUGUGAGUGAUUGUAAAGCAAGUUUGACGUGUAUAGUUACGGAUAUUAAGAUUCUUGACGGAUUUGUAUUUAGAAAAUGCGAAUGUGAACGAUGCGCUUGAAGAUGAAAUCUAAAUAUUAGGGGUAGAUUGAAGGAGAAAAUGUAAUAUUGUCAUUUAUCGACAAUUUUUUUAGUGAAAACGUAAAUCUGGCAGAACUAAAUUACCAUUUUUAAGGAGUGUUACCAUAAAAAUGGGAAGUGGUGAUAUGAAAUGUAAAGUACGAAUGGUAAAAAAGCAAUAAUGGAAAAAUAAAAAAAGACAAGUAAAUAUAAAAAAUGAUCAGUAGUAUUUCUUACAUAUUCGACUAGUUUAAUUUGUUUGAUAAUUACAUAAGCAUUUGUAUGGUCUAUUGGUGUGAUAUUAUUAUACAAGGUGCCCCAGAAAUAAUUGCCAAAAUUUUAACCACAUGUCUACCAGAAGCAACAAAUUUUAUUUUAUAAAGUUUUUUGAAAGCACGUUUUUAUCCAGUAUUAAUUGUCCAUUAAAAUAACGCUGUCUAGCUGCCUAUGGAUAUAAAAAAUAAACAAUGUAUGCAAAUAUUUUAUGGGAUACUUCACUUCAAACUUUUCACCAAUCGUGAUAAUAAAUACUCAUGACACAGAGAUUGAGAGAUAUGAUAUUGUGCAUGUCCACAGACCACCUAGACUGGCUUAUAGAGCGACUUUGGUGAAAACACU